AGAAAUGUCUCUCCGCACCACCUUGAAACCGGUCUGACUGUGUCAAGUCACCUGAGAGGAAAAAGAGAAGUACUGUAUGGUUGUGGAAUUUAUUUAAAACAGAUGCGGACACGAAGGUGAAGAGGUUUAAGUGCUGAGCUCAAAAGUCCCCGUGUUAGUCGUUUGACGUCAACACUUCGUUUCGAGCUUGUGUUUGUGUGUGUGUUUCAGAUUUGCAUUCGUUUUGUCUAUGAACUUUUGACAAUUUUGUCGCGUGGCUGAAAAACCACGCCACCAAAACAAUCGAGUGUCCGCUUGGUGUCCCUGUUUGGAGGCGGCAGGCAGUCCGGUUUGGGAGGGACGCUGACAUUUACAAUAACACAGACGGGAACUCUGGGAACAGCAACAUGCCUGUGAGACAGAAAGAUGCUCAACGAGCCCUCGAGCUGCUCCAGCAGUACCGGGACAAGUUAGAUCAGAGGCAGCAGAGGCAGAUGAGACAGGGCGUUGUUGAGGAAGAUCACCAACUUCAACAGUCGCUGGACAGAGUCAUCAACGUUUUCCAAAGCCAGCUCUUUAGUGCCCUGCUUGAUAUUCAGGAUUACUAUGAGUUAAGUAUCCUUGCUGACAACGAAAGUUCACCCAAACUAAUAGCUGAGGCAGCGACAUCUCCCUCCUCCGUCAACCAACAAGCAGAGUUUGCGGCGGAGUCCCAGCCCACUUCUCGUCAGCUCCCCACCCCAACUUCAGUAGGACUAAGUCAGACAAAAUGCACAUCUCCAAAACCCAAGUCCAUUAAGUCUCCUGCUCCUUCAAUCCCAUCUGUGACACCCACAAAACAACCAGCAUCGCCUCCAUCGCAGCCUUGUGUUUCUCAGUUACAACCAAACAAGGUGAAGUACCGUGCACCACCUCCUCCAAUCCAGGAUAGGGACUUGACGUCGACUGUGGUGGACAUUUCUAAUCCCUCGUCCCCCUCUGCAAACACAUCUGGAGCUAUGAAGAACUGUGUGAUAUCCUGCACAGAGCUUCCAUCAAUAACACAGAAUUUGUUCCCACAAAAUGGUUCAAACGCAUCUCUUGAUGCCACCAACAUCGUUUUACCUUCAGAAUGCUCCUCCACUGCUCCUGAACAACAAACAAGUCUUACCAGUCCAACUGAUCUGGUGACUGUUUCAAGCCUCGUCUUGGGAACCAUCCAAGGCCUAAUGUCUCACUCUACGCCAAACAAACUCACCCAGCCCAGCAGCACUCCUCAUACCAGCCCAGAUCCCAACACAAUCACUGCUGCUACCAUCUUCACUUCGACUGUCACAGCUAAUGAGGAUCGAGGCUCAGGCAAAAAUACUCCAGUAUCAAGUCCUACGACUCUUAGCCAACUGAAAUUUACAUCUGGUCGCCACAGUCCGAUCAAUCCCUCAGAGCCCCAAAGCAAAGGACCCCCAAAGAGCCCUGAGCCACUAAAAGUAAUCUCCUCUCCCACUAGCCCUGGUCCAGCCAGCCCCAGAGCUGUUCCAAGCCCAGGGGUCAAGAAGUAUCGAUAUCCAGAAGACGAAGGUGCAUUGCUAGGCCCACCAAAAUUCCAGCAACAUACCUGCCAUCAGCACCCAAUUGGAGUUACCAAAGAGCUGACUGAUGCAAGGACUCUCAGGAAGGAAGGGAUGGAUCUGGGGACCUGGAGAAGAGAGAGAGAGUUCAGUCAAAAUUUGGAGAGAGACAUGGGUAGGGACCUGGAAAGCUCACUGAUGAGGGAUGGAUCUCUUUGUCGCCGCGGUGAUCUCCGCGGGGCAGAGCUGGUUCAGGUGGCAGAGCGGCAGCUCUCUCAGAUUCAGCAUGUCCACGGAUACGUCACUCACGCACACAUCACACCUGCUCAGGAAGAAUAUCCAGAGGCUCCAUUUGAUGGGGUGAUGUGGCCUGACACAACAGGGAGAGUGAAUGAAGUCAUAGCCUCACCAUUCUCUUCCCUCUUUUAAAGCCAUGCCUGGUACCAGGUCAACCCUCCUCCAUUGGUGGUCAACACAGACAGUGUCGACACGCCCCCAUACAUCAAUGGAACAGAAGCAGAAUUUGAAUAUGAAGAAAUCACAUUGGAACGGGGUAACUCAGGUUUGGGCUUCAGUAUUGCAGGAGGGACUGAUAAUCCCCAUAUUGGAGAAGAUCCUUCCAUCUUCAUUACUAAGAUUAUACCUGGUGGGGCCGCAGCACAAAAUGGACGACUCAAGGUAAAUGACUCCAUAGUCCGAGUCAAUGAGACUGAUGUCAGGGAAGUGACCCACAGUGGAGCGGUGGAGGCACUAAAGGAUGCUGGAGGUCUCGUCAGACUGUGUGUACGACGCAAGAAGAGCCUUAAUGAUAAAAUCUUGGAUAUCAAGUUAGUGAAAGGACCUAAAGGUCUCGGAUUUAGUAUAGCUGGUGGAGUUGGAAAUCAACACGUUCCAGGUGACAACAGCAUUUACGUGACAAAGAUCAUUGAGGGGGGUGCGGCUCAAAAAGAUGGUCGGCUACAGAUCGGGGACAAACUCAUAGCUGUAAACGCCUCUUCUUUAGAGGAGGUUACUCAUGAGGAAGCAGUUGCAGCCCUGAAGUCGACCCUAGAUGUUGUUUAUCUACGCUUGGUCAAACAUACCUCUGUCUUUAUUAAUGAAACCUUUACACCUCCUGAUGUCACAAAUUCCUACCCCCCACAUCAGGACAAUCACAUUAGCCCCUACAUGAGCGGGAGCCAGUCUGUUAGCCCUGCCCCACUGACCACGCCCAGAUACUCACCAAUGCCUAGGUCCCUGACUGCAGAUGAUGAUCUCACAAGGGAGCCGAGGCGUGUGAUGCUCCAACGAGGGUCUACAGGUCUCGGUUUCAACAUCGUUGGGGGAGAAGACGGAGAGGGAAUCUUCAUCUCCUUCAUUCUAGGUGGCGGUCCAGCUGAUCUUUGUGGUGAACUCCACAAGGGUGACCGCAUCCUCUCGGUGAAUGGUGUCGACUUGUCGAUUGCAACUCAUGAGCAGGCCGCUGCAGCCCUGAAGAAUGCAGGACAAACUGUCACCAUCGUAGCCCAAUAUAGGCCAGAAGAAUACAGUCGUUUUGAGGCAAAGAUCCAUGACCUGAGGGAACAAAUGAUGACCAGCAGUGUCAGUUCCAGUUCCACGUCACUCCGAUCGACUCAAAAGCGCACACUCUAUGUCAGAGCGCUCUUCGACUAUGAUGGAAGCGCUUCCGACUUGAGCGCCCCAAAUCAGGUUCUGCCCUUCCGCUUUGGAGAUAUCCUUCAUGUGAGCAGUGCUGGUGAAGAAGAGUGGUGGCCUGCGCGUCACCUGAGCCCCCCACCCCCGAACUGCCCAGAGGUUGGAGUCAUCCCCAGCCGUAGAAGGGCCGAGAAAAAGGAGAGAUCAAGGUUAAAGACAGCCGCCGUGAUGAGGACUCCAGAUAGAUCGGAUCAAGACGAAAGGGCUGGCCAGGAGGAGACUUUGUUAAUCUACCAAGCAGUUAUCCAGCAGGAAGUGAAUUACACAAGACCAGUUAUUGUGCUUGGACCAAUGAAAGAUCGAGUCAAUGAUGAUCUCAUUUCGGAGUUUCCUGACAAAUUUGGCUCCUGCGUCCCACACACAACUCGGCCACGGCGGGACUAUGAAGUGGAUGGCAGAGAUUAUCACUUUAUGGCCUCCAGAGAGCUAAUGGAACGAGAGAUCCAGGAGCACAAGUUCAUUGAGGCGGGGCAGUAUAACAACCACCUGUAUGGAACCAGUAUCCAGUCCGUUAAACAAGUCGCUGAAAAGGGUAAACACUGUAUACUGGAUGUAUCCGGAAACGCUAUUAAGCGUCUGCAGCUGGCAGGCCUGUAUCCCAUCGCCAUUUUCAUUAGGCCACGCAGUGUUGACAACGUCCUAGAGAUGAAUAAGCGGUUUACUGAGGAGCAGGCAAGGAAAUCCUAUGACAGAGCUGUCAAACUGGAGCAGGAGUUCACAGAAUAUUUCACUGCUUUUGUCCACGGCUCAACUCUUGAGGAAGUGUAUUCGCAGGUGAAGCAGAUCAUUGAAGAGCAAUCGGGUCCUUACAUUUGGGUGCCCACGAAGGAGCGGCUCUGAGUAAAUGCACAAUAAGGCUUGUUUUUGCUCUUCUGCGCCCACACACACACACACACACACACACCUCCAUGUUUUCUCACUCACACAUAUACGAAUACAUAACGCUGAACGAGGCUGAGACUGAUCUGGAGAUUGCAAACUCCCCCUUCUUGAGGGUCGAGGAGCUUAUGUCUUUCCAGCAGCCUGCUGAUGGAUCUUCCUACAGCUGAGUUCCUUAAUGUUUAAGGACGUGGUUCAAAAUCACUUCUAACAUGUACCGUCAUCUGAUUUAUUGAUUUCAUUCUUGUGUGUUGUUAUUGUUGUUGUUUUCACAUACAAGUAAACAAAGGGGAAUGCAUUCACCUAUGGGUUUGUAAUGAUAGUACUGUCACCAAGGAGAAAACUUUUGCACGCCGUAGGUUUAAGAGCAUGUUUAUGGGUACAGAAUCUCGUUCCUUCUUUCCCCAUCGUGUCUGUCAUAUUUCAUGGCAUCGCUCCACUUUAUAUUUGAAUAAGCUCUCGUUUACACUCUUUCAAUAACUUUUCCACCUUUCCCCUCUGAUCCUGCCACUCCCCUGCCAGACUGCCUCAAGUUUAAAUAUAAGCUAAUGAUUGAAAUGCGCCCUGGCAUGUUGGACUCAAGGGCCGAGAUAGAAACAAUUACUGCUUGGAAAUGUAGCACACUUCGAUACCAAUAUGAUGUUUAAGUAGGGUUUAAUUGGCAUGAUGUGACAUGCAGAAAGCAUUAAAAAAAAUCUAUUUUCUAUACCAGCUGUCCUCAUGAGUGUGACAGGUGAGCAGAAGCAUAUCCCAGCUGACUUUUGACUGGAAAUGCAGCGACGUCGACUUCCUUGAGGCUCCAUCCCCAGAUUUCUCUGCCUUUUCUGCUCUUCUUCCUCUUCAUUGGUGAAAUUUUAUAUGGACAUCAGUAUGCCAAUAUUAAACCCGAGUCGAUCAAGUUAUGCUGCAAUAAUAAACCACUGGAAACAACA